AUGGUUACCGCCUUAGUUGCUCCAGGGAUACCAGCGGCAGCAGCCACGACGGCACCAGUAGCAGCUGCGGGGGCAGGAGGAGGAGGAGCAGCAGCAGCAACGGCUGCCGUUUCUCCUCCCGCGCUGCUGCUGCGGCAGCAGGCUGCAUCCCCUCUGCCACCCCUUUCUUCGCUUCGCCUUGUUCACACCAACAGCAGCGACAGCAGCAGCAGCGACAGCAGCAGCAGCACCAGCACUGAGAGCAGCAGCGACGGAUACGAGUCGCCACCUACCGCUGGUCUUGAAACUACACCAGCAGUGACAGGACCAGUGCAAGUGCCUCCAUCCUUUCGUGGAUGUGGUAUUGGCGGCAGCACUAGCCACAGCAGCAGCAGCAGCCACAGCAGCAGCAGCAGCAGGUACCGCGUGGCUUCUGCCUCCGCUGCGGCUGCUGUUCGCACCAGCCAGCGGCGACUCCGAGGCAGUGAACUCCCGUGCGAGAGCAACAGUUCGGACCUUACUGCAGCAGCGGCAGCAGCACAGUUGCAGCAGUUUGCUGCUGCCUGGUGGGCUUUGCCCUCUGUGGACACCCUCUGCAGCAGCAGCAGCAGCAGCACAGCGAUCUGCUCGUCUCUGGAUGCAGCAGUGGCGGAAGCACUUUUUCCUCCGGAUCCACCCGUCCCGCUACAGCCGCUUCUUCUGUCUGCAGAGCAGCAGAUUCAGCAGCAGCAGAUUCAGCCGCAGGACGAGCAGGUGCAGCAGCAGGUAGACGCCGCAGUUGCUCGCGAGCUGCAGCAUACGCUGCCAGGAAUGUACAGGCAGCGCCUGAAGCAGUUGCACGCUCUCGCGCUGUUGCAGCCAGAGCUGUACAGACACUGCAGGGGACUGUGUGCAGCCACGGAAGUCUACAAGGCGAGUCUUGCACUUCUACAGCAGCUUUUUGACAGGCCGCAGCAACAGCAGCAGCUCCACCAGCCAGUGGCAAGUAGCGAAGCAGCGAGUGCUGCCUCUGCUGUCAGUGCAUCCUCGCCAUCCUGCGGCAGUGCUGUCUCAGAAACGGCGGCAGCAGCGACGGCGCCAGCACCUCUUUCUCCUUCAGCGGCUGCAGUAUCGCCUGCGCCCAGCAGGCAAGAAAUGAGGAAAGCUCUGUUGCAACUGCGGCAGUGGCAGUCAGGACUGGUCGGGGAACUGAUGAGGGGUGUCAGGGAGUACAUCGGCCCCUUGGCAGGCGGAUGGGGAGCCGCAAACGUCGGCUUGGGGGGUCCAGACACCACGCAGCCGACGAGGAAGCAGCAGGCAGCGCUGCUGGCUGUGUGUGACAAGUUUCUGGAGACGUUUUUCUGCGGGCGCGUCGCAGCAGAGAUUCUCAGGGAGAGGUGUAUUGGAGCUCUCGAAGGCUGGAACCCAUCGGGUGCUGCUCUGCAGCAGUGUGCACUUGACUCUUUGGUAGUUCGCGCUGCGGCGAAUGCUCAGCGCAUGGCACUCACCAGUCUGGGCUGUGCUCCCGCCAUCCGAGUUUAUGUCUCUUCCAUAUGCUGCUGCAUUCGCAACGGCGCGAGUGGAGCUGCUGACGGCAGCAAGCAGAACGCAGUCAAGGAAGCGUCUUCUGCGACUCCGGAGGGCAGUCUUCUGCAGACUGCCACUGGCAGCAGCGGCGGCAACAGUGGUGGGAGCGUUCGUACAGCCGAGGGGGGGGCCCCCGUCUUUGGCAGCGACGCUUUCAGGAGUUUCAGCGGUGCAUGCAGCAAGUUUGCGGUGGACAAGAGAAUCGUCGUUCGCUGUGCGCCUGCCUACACGUACAGCGGCUGCUUCGAGCUCAUAAAGAACGCCAUCGAAGCCACAGUGCGCCGGCAGCAGCAGCGCGAGCGCCAGCAGAGCGGCCAGCAACAACAGCAAGACCAACAGCAGCAACACGCUCAUCAAGAGUGGGAUUCUAUGCCUGUGCGGCAGUCCAAGUGUAUCUACAGUUUGCCGUCGCUUUACGAUGGUCCUGAUGCACCCCGCGCACAGGACCAGCAGCAAGAGCAGCAACGGGAGGGGAAGGAGCAGUGCUCCUCUAUGCUGCCGGUGGAUAUACACCUCAUUUUUGCGGCCGAGUCGGGUGUCGUCGUCAAAGUUAGCGACAGCGGCGAAGGCCUGUGCUUGACGGAGCAGCAGCUUGCCUGGCGCUUCCUGUACAGCACGAGAACGAUAACGAGCGAGAAGUUGAUGAAGGCGCAACCAGUCUCUCUCGUGGCACCUGUGGCUGUUGCGGUUGCUGCUGCUGCUGCAGGCGCCGCAUUGUUCUCGGGUUGGGGUGUUGGGCUACCCUUGACGCGCAUUUAUGCUAGAGCUCUCGGGGGAGAUGCGUUCAUGGAGUCGAGGGUUGGACACGGCACGCGUUCGUAUUUGUACAUACCGGAUAUCAGUCCAAGCGCUUGCACGGCCAUGCCGCAAACUUCGUCUGCCGCAGCGGUCUCGCCGUUGCGCUGUUGCGACCCUCUUUUUUACGGAGCUGAGCAGCAGCAGCAGCAGCAGCAGCAGCACUGGCGAACAACUGUACAUCUUUCAGCUGCCCACGCUAGAGACGGGUUUACCGUUGUGAUGCGCAAAGGCGCAGUUACAGUAGAAACUUUAUUGGGCAGUGUCAUGCCAUUGUGCAGCAACAAUUUUUCUAGUGCCAUGCAACGAGCAACAUCGCCGCAGCAGCUAGACAUAGCACAACUCCGCAUGAAAAAAGCAUUUUUGAGGCCCUCUGCAGGAGCAGGGAUACAAUUUGCUGCCGUCGCAGCGGUGGUGGCAGUGACGAGUGAACGACGUUUUUUCACACAUGCCUUGCCCUGGAAAAAUCCUGACUGCGUGGCUCUCGUUGCAGUUGCAGGAUACGAGCGCGCGUUCACUGCAGCACAGUCAAGCGCUGCUGCCACCACCUUUAAGGGGCUGCCUGCAUGCGACGGGAAGGCAGCCUGCCCCCCCUCUUGCCAUGCGGCAACUGCCGCUCCACAGAAAAGCAACUGGUGGCAAGUCCAGGAGAAAGGGGCAAGAAGGAUCUGCUAG